AUGGUUGAAUCUUCAGACGCAAUCAGCAUUGAACUUGGCAUUGUAGGUCCCGAUAUUCUUGAAAUCAUAUCCGAACUGGUGUCGCUUUUCUGCAUUACCGUGUUAGCUACUGCUAUCGGCUCAAAGACAUACGGAGAGACUUUGAGGUCGAUCAAUUACGGUCGGUUCAUGGUCAUUAUGCUCUAUCUGACGUCUUGGGCAUUCGCCUAUACAUCCGCAGUGGUUGUGUCUACCAAUAAUAACAAUAUGACAUCCUGUACAUUGGGCAUGCUUGCUUGUGAUAUUUUUUAUGCUGGCAGUAAGAUUAUCAUUUAUGCAUGGCUGAUUGAGCGUAUCUACUUGGUUACUGCAGUAAAGACAUCCCGCCUCAAGACAAAUUCGUAUCGAAUUCAUCUUACCAUGUUGUGUCCAUAUAUCAUCAUUUUUGCUCUUAUGUUGAUUUACAGAAACAUUUACUUGGAAGCUGAUGGCAAAUGCACUAUUGGCCUACAACUGAUUGCUAGUAUUCCAUUGCUUGUCUAUGAUUUUAUUCUUAAUUUGUACCUUACAUGGCUCUUUAUGGCGCCAUUGAUGAACAUUGGUCUUACCUCAAGGGCAAAUUGGAAGCGGUCUCGCUUAUACAGACUUGCUCGUCGUACUUUGGUAGCAUCCGUCGUAUCUCUUCUCAUCUCCUUUGCAAAUGUGUUAUUUGUGGUUGUAACAAAGGGGCAUCAAAGAGGAUUAGUUUGUCUCACAAUGUGCACUGUGGAUGUAACUAUCAAUGCUGUUACGGUGUAUUGGGUCACAACAAACAAGAAUGGUGGCGGUAAAGAUGCCGAUGGCAAGAACAAGACCAUCUAUACCACAGACCACAUGUCGGCUGAACUCACAUUUGAUGCUGCAGAACCCAAUGACAAUAAGCAUCAACAAGCUAAAUUUGACUUUGCAUCUAUUCAACUGGACAGAGAUAGUAAAUUAAAUCAGGAAGAAGAAGAUAGUGGUGGUGAAGGGAGUAUCAGAUCUACCCAAAUCUCGCAACUGAGCGCAAAGUCUCUGCAUAGUUAUUAA